AUGGCCUUCUGCGAUAUUAGGUUCACGUGGAACCAGAGAGAACGUCUUCAUCGUUACGUGAUGCUGGGUGUUUUGGUCAGUCUUGUUAUUGGAAUGUGUUUGUUCUUCUCGGGAUUGUUCGUUUCAUUCACAAUGGCCACGAGAUUGAAACUCGACGAGAGGAAUCUCUUCGAACAUGUGUUCAAGACGUUGACAAUUUACGGUCUUUACGUGUUCGUUCAUAAUCUGAUGGGACUGAAGUUGUGCUACAAUUAUUUUCACUACGCUGAAGGAGCCUGGAUGAACCUGAGGCUGUUCGUGUGGAGUCUGCUUGGCUCGUUCGUGGUGUUGGUAGGCUGCUUCAUGGCUAGCAUCUGUUUCUCCACUGCGGAGAGACUGGCUGUUCAGUUUCGUGAAGAUCUUGUUGAGGGCAUGAAGAGAUAUUUGACGGACGCGACGUGGAAGAAGAGGAUAGAUAAGAUGCAAAUCGAGAUGCAAUGCUGCGGAAUUGAAUCGUCCGACGACUGGCACAUGACGUACUGGCUGCAACGCGAGUUUCUUGCGCUCGACUCGCCGGAUAUCUUGAGGUACGCGAAGUUGGAUGGUCGCGUGACGCCGCCAGUUGUGCCGUGGAGUUGCUGUCGAAUCGACGUAAAGGGCCCGUGCUAUCACGAUCCCCUUCAGCUGCCAAAUCCGGAGCAGAAUUCCACUUACGAGAGCCUGAACGCUCGGGGCUGUCUCACCGCUAUGAAGACCGUGCUAAACGGAACGCUCUAUUCCGCCGCGGUUCUGAUCGCGUUUCUGUUUGUGUUGCAGGUUUCGGUGUGCGUGGCGUCGAGAUUCGACUUCACCGCAGCUAGAAACGCCGUGGCGCUCGGCGAUAGACGUGGAGCGGCUCCUGGUUGGCUCUAUGGCCGCCUGGAUUUCGGCCUGGCCAGUGGACCUAAUCUCUGCCAGAUCGAUCGGAAGUACAGCGGACGUGGAGACUCGUUGAUCGAUCUGAAGCCGCUUGUUUAUUCUAGCGACACGGAGUGA